GACUACAUACCGGAACCACAAAAUGCGCUUGCUCUGUUGCUCGCAGGCUUGUCCGUUCUCUGGACAAAAAUAUUCGCAAGCAUAACAUAUUCAUCGCGUUAUAUCAAUCGUGAACCGUUUAUUCCAGUGGAGGCUUCAAAAUUGACUAAACGCACACGUUCGCCGACAACGAGGGUGACAGACUCAGUCGCAGUUAAGAAUAAACAAGCACGUGAUUGUACCUGUAACUGAAGUUGUGACGAGUUGUCAACGACUAUUGUUUGCAAUUGAAUAUGGAGCCAUCGAACCAGUCAAGCCUCCAAGACUUUGCUCCUCAAGAUGUUAACCCUGUGUUUCUGCAACAACUUCGGGAGCUGGAUAUUCCAGAAGAGGCAGCUAAACAGGCACUCCUGUGCACACAGAAUGUUUCUGCUGAGGAGGCGGCCAUUUUCUACUUCAACAAACUGGAGAAUGAGGAGAGAGGUGAAGACCUCAUGUACAAAAUGAUGUUUGUAGUCAACAUGGACCUUGGUAUGGGGGUUGGAAAGGUUGCAGCGCAGGUUGGACACGCUGCUGUGGGGUUGUACCAGGGUUUGCAAGAGAAAAACAGCUGGAGGGAGAUGGCCCGGAAGUGGGACCGCACUGGAGCCAAGAAGAUUGUUGUCCGGGGUACCAAUGUGGCUCAUCUUUUAGAGCUGCAGGCCCAGGCCAUGAGCCUCAGUCUGCCGACUUACCUGGUACUGGAUGUUGGGCUAACUCAGGUGGCGUCUGGUUCCCGUACUGUCCUAGCUAUCAUGGGUGAAGAGGAAGUUGUUAACAAUGUCACUGGGAGUCUGAAGCUUCUCUGAUGGGCUCAAAACCUGAGGAAGUAAUGCAUCUGUGAUUCCUCCAAGUAUCCAACAGAAGGCAACAUUUAUGAAGAAAUCUGUAACCUUUAAAAACACACGGGUGAGGAGGGUGCCCACACAAUUAUUUUCUUGAACUAUUGUAUUGGGUGGCCAUUCAGUUGAAGAGAUGAGAAAUCUCUUUAAAAGUGAGUCUAAAGGUUUUGGAGUUUUGACAUUUUUGGUGUUUUGUUGGAAAUUUUAUUCAAAUUUAUGAAUGCUGUCAUUACAUAAUUUGGCUUUGUAUUGAAAUCAGUCAACCAAUUAUGGUUGGCAAUGAGUAUUGUAGUUAUGAUUAAUUAUUUAGGAUGCUGACAUUCUGGAAAAGAAGGUUUUUGUAUAAAUUGGCCAUCAAUUACUGGCAUUUAAAACAACAGU